AUGCCUGAUAAGGAUGCCGGCACCCCCCGCGUCUUUCUUUAUCGCCACGGCCAAACGGAGUGGUCGAAGAGUGGCCGCUACACUGGAGUCAGUGAGCUUGAACUCACAGAAGAUGGCGUCCAACAGGUUCUUGCAUCAGGCAAGAUGAUUGUUGGGUCCGGAAAGCUGAUCGACCCGUCCAACAUCGCGCAUGUCUAUAUCAGCCCUCGCCGGCGCGCCACGCAGACCUUUGAUAUUGCAUUCAACGAUGCGGAUAAGCAAUCACUGAAGGAUGCAGAGAAGGUGUCUGAGACAGACCGGCUAUCUGAAUGGAACUACGGCCAGUAUGAAGGCCUGUUGACGCGGGAGAUCCGCGCCUUGAGAAAAGAGCAUGGUCUUGACACAGAACGGCCUUGGGAUAUCUGGAGGGAUGGCUGUGAAAGUGGCGAGUCUCCUGAAGAGGUUACAGACCGCAUUGAUAACCUGAUCCAGGAAAUUCGCUCCAUCCACAGAGGCAACAUGCACAGCGAGAAUCCUUGUGAUAUCAUCCUUGUGGCCCAUGGCCAUUUGCUGCGUGCGUUUACCAAGCGCUGGCUUGGAUAUCCCAUGGAGUUCCCUCUCUCUCUGAUGCUGGAGCCUGGUGCUGUGGGGGUCCUCAGUUACCAACAUCAUAGCAUUGAUGAGCCUGCUCUGCUGGUUGGAUAUGGAUUCCCCCUACAAGAAUGA